GGACACGGUUCGCUCGAAGAUGCAGGGUGCUCUGAUGCUGCAAUGAGAGAUCCCACCAUCAAAUGCGAGUGCGUCGCAAGAGGAUUCGGCAGAGAACAAGACCGUGAGGAGUGUCUCAGAACAGGUUCCAUUCACGAAGGGGCCAUGGAAAAAAAUAUUCUUGGUUUCCGAAAGAAGCGAAGCCCCCUGAUAGCUCCGCUGCAACUCCACCGGAUGCGCUGCGUCGCUGCUUCACCGACAGGAGGAAAUCGUCUUUUCGAAGAAAUAUUUUGUGUGCCAGGAACGACCUUCAUGAAGGGGUGUAACAGAUGUAUGUGCAGGGAGACUGGCACGAGUGCAUAUUGCACCGCAAAGGACUGCUUAGCGCAACUACAUUCAUUGUGUUUUCCCGCUGGGAGUGUGAAAAUAGUUGACUGUAACGUUUGCAUCUGCGGCUUUUCAAGGACAUGGGCUUGUUCGAGCUUCGACUGCCGACCACGAUUACACUAUGUGGACUGCAAAACAAAUGCAGCACAGUUUGACGAUUUUGGAACGUCGAUUGAGAACUGUCGGCCAGGCACCACAUUUCGACGAAACUGUAACCUGUGCUACUGCUCGGAGGAUGGUAUGUCAGCAGUAUGCAGCACCCAGCCUUGUACCGGAAUUAAAGGAACAUUACUACCACUGAAACCGAUCUGUGGAGAUGAAGGUGGAUGCAAAGAUAAUACACAAACACAUCCACAUGGAGAAAAAGAUGGCACUGGAGGUAGAGUGGGAGGUAAAGGAGGUGGAAGUGGUGGUCAAAGGAGGAAAGGGCUAGCACUGCAACUGGUGAUUGACCAACUCCCAUGCCUGCCAGGAGAUAUUGUUUAUGAAGAUAACUGCUUUAGCUGCUAUUGUUUAGUGGAUGGUGCUAGCAUCUUGUGCUUAAAUUUGGACUGUGAACUUGAAGACAUGGGGUCGGCCCCACUGCAAACCUAUGCGAUUAACAGACCUAAGGUGGCGGAUGUUCCAUUGGUGACUAAGCAAGUGAAGUGCAGCUCGUCAGCAAAAGUUUUCUCGGAAGGCUGCAACUCCUGCAUUUGCGUGGAUGCAGACAGCAGUCCCGUGUGCACGAACUGGCCUUGUACGGAUUCUGGAAGAAGUGAGUAA